GGGGCUGGACCUCAGCCUUUCCCCGCCUGGGGCCGCCGCCGCACCAUUGGUUGCUCCGCGUCUCCAAAAGGGGCCCUUGGAAUCCUCCCUGGGUCAGUCUGGUGCUGGGUCGUGGGACUCCCCACAACUCCCGCGGGUCCGGAACUGGAUCCCUUCUUCCCAGAGUUGCGAGCAACUUUCCCGGCUCCCCGGCGCUGCAGUGGCUCGGGGUCCGGGGCAGCCGCAGGUAGCUGAACCCAGGGCCACGCUACCCGAGCCCCGGCGGAGCGCGCGCGCAGGUCUCUGUGUCGGUGCACGCUGGGGGUCCCGGAGCUCCGCUCCGCCGGGGAGAUGCCUCUGGGACACAUCAUGAGGCUGGAUCUGGAGAAAAUCGCCCUGGAGUACAUCGUGCCCUGUCUGCACGAGGUCGGCUUCUGUUACCUGGACAACUUCCUGGGCGAGGUGGUGGGCGACUGCGUCCUGGAGCGCGUCAAGCAGCUGCACAGCAACGGGGUCCUGCGGGACGGCCAGCUGGCCGGGCCGCGCGCCGGCGUCUCCAAGCGGCACCUGCGGGGCGACCAGAUCACGUGGAUCGGGGGCAAUGAGGAGGGCUGCGAGGCCAUCAGCUUUCUCCUGUCCCUCAUCGACAGGCUGGUCCUGUACUGCGGGAGCCGGCUGGGCAAAUACUACGUCAAGGAGAGGUCCAAGGCAAUGGUGGCUUGCUACCCAGGAAAUGGAACAGGUUAUGUCCGACAUGUAGACAACCCCAACGGUGACGGCCGCUGCAUCACCUGCAUCUACUAUCUGAACAAGAAUUGGGAUUCCAAGCUACACGGUGGGGUCCUGCGGAUAUUUCCGGAAGGGAAGUCAUUCGUAGCAGAUGUGGAGCCCAUUUUUGACAGACUCUUGUUCUUCUGGUCAGACCGCAGGAACCCACAUGAAGUCCAGCCUUCCUAUGCAACCAGAUACGCUAUGACUGUUUGGUACUUUGAUGCUGACGAAAGGGCAGAAGCCAAAAAGAAGUUCAGGAAUUUAACUAGGAAAACAGAGUCUGCCCUCACUGAAGACUGACUGUGUGCUCUGAAACCCGCUGGCCUCAUUCAUUUUAGCAAUGGUUCCUGGAUUCUCUUUAAGAGUUGAGACCCAAAGAAGGCCUCUUCAGUGAAUUGGUGAUGUGCGACCCCCUCCUGCUUGCAUCAUUCACAUCCCUGUCUUGCGAAUGGUACUUUGUGUUUUCUUGCCAAGACCGCAUCCAUCUUCAGACCCCCUCUUUGCCGGAUGAACUCAUUGUCUAACUCUGAAAACACCUGCCGAUGACCUCUUUUGCCAGCGGUUUAACUGAUAGAUUUGGUAAUACUGUCGAUUAAACAAGAGCCCAGAAGCAUGGGCAAGGGAAUAAAUCUUAUUUGCACUUUAUGUACACUUCCCGAUUUGAAAGGGAGGAGGCUUACAACGAAGACAAAAUGGUGACAGGUGCCACAGAGAGGCAUCUUUGAAGCCUUUGACAGCAAGAAACAGGAAUCUGUGCCAUCUGAACAAUUUCCAGAUGUUUUUAAUCCAGGGCUGUUGGUGUUUCUGGAGAAUUAUCACAACCUAAUGACAUUCUUACCUCUAGAAAGGGCUGCUGUCUCAGUCACCCAUUUAUAAGUGUCCUGUGGGUAGAUACUCCUUUUUCCUUGUCCUACAACCUGGACUUUUGACCUCUGCCCCAUUUUACUGAACAUAUGACUUUCUGAUAAAAAAAAAAAAAAGGCAACACCAGGUGUUUUCUAUUUUCACUUCUUACUUGGGGAACCCAGUUCCUCAGAGGCAAAAACUAGACAUUAAUUGUUUGAUUGCUUUGUUAAAAUGGAAUUUGAAUUUAAAGCAAAGGGGAAACAAGUACCUUGUAGUUUAGAGUCAGCAACCUCUGAUACUGGUGUUGAAAGAUCUGGGUGUACAGAUAUACAACAAAUGUGUGUGCAUUUGAACAUUUUGAGAGUGAGAUAGAGUUAGAAAUGUGGACAUUCUCAUUCUUCAGUUUCCUUUUAAAUGAGCUCACCCUUCGUUAACAAAAUAAAAUAAUUUUUAGAAAUAGGGUGCUGUAUUUAAAAAAAAGGAAAUGGAAAUAAAACAAAUAUCCUGAAAAGCUGUUUGAGUUCUUUCACGGUUUCUGUCCUGAAUUGCCUUUUUCAACAGACUGGACUCUCCAGAUCCACUGCAGUUGGCAGUGUGGAGAAUCAUGGGACUUGCUGGAACUGUGGAGGGUUCUAUCCUUGAAGGACUUUGCAUCGAGUGUCUGCUCUAUGAAAGUUACUCUUCCUAGUUUUCAAUUCCAUUUUCAUAUUUUAAAAGAAAUCAUUCAAUUACUUGCUUGAAAAUCCCAUGAACUUUAAAGAGCCAGGAAUAUUUUUUUUGGUCAUUUACAGACUUUGCAAGAAACAAGCUUAUUUUUUUUCCUUUUCUGGUUUUAGAAAAUUUCUAGCUAAGAUGUGUCUUCAUUCUCACAACUGCUCUUUUUUUUUCUUCAUAGUACUUAUCACCUUCUAACUUGCUAUGUAAUUUUCUUAUUUAUUGUGUGUAUUAUCUUGUAUUCUUCCUCUAGAGUGUAAGCACAAAGAAGACAGGGAUUUUUGUAUGUUUUUAAUCCACAGGACGUAUUCCCAGCACCUAAAAUAGUGCUUGACACACAGCAAGGACUCUUUGAAUAAACUCCCUCUUCUACCUUCGCA